AUGGAAGCUCGACGCAUAUCUCAUGCUCGUAUCACCUACCAUAAUAUUAUAGCAGCAGAAGUACCAACGCUGAAAUUCCUGAAGAGCCAUCGCGGCGGCAUCGGCGCCCACCACCGUCGCAACGCCGCCUCCGCCGGCCUAUGGCCGUCCGUCUUCAAUCUGGCCACGAAGGCCGUCAUCUUUGCCAACGCUACCUGCGGUCAAGAUGGCCGAGAAGAGUUCUGCAGGAUGGCCGAAGGUGGCAAAGGACGAUGCGGCGUCUGUGACGAAGCUAGUCCCGACGAAGGCAAAAGACACCCCAUCGAGUUCGCCAUCGACGACACGAACAGGUGGUGGCAGAGUCCGGCCCUGUACUAUGGCCCGGAAUACGAGUUCGUCACCAUAACGAUCGAUUUGAAGCAGGUGUACCAAAUAGCUUACGUCAUCGUAAAAAUGGCCAAUUCUCCCAGGCCAGGAACGUGGAUUCUGGAACGCUCGGUAGAUGGAAAGAACUUCAGCCCCUGGCAGUUCUUUGCUAGAAGCGACAAGGAAUGUUUCGAAAAGUUCGGGAUUGAAGCAACCAAAGGAAAACCCCAGUAUUUUACAGAUACUGAAGUUAUAUGUACUUCAUAUUAUUCUCGAAUGACACCUUUGGAAAAUGGAGAGAUUCACACCUCCCUCAUCCACGGCCGGCCCGGAGCCAACGAAACCAGCCCGGAGCUCCUGGAGUUUACCAAAGCCCGCUACGUCCGCCUCAGCCUGAUGGGCUUGAGAGGUACACAGGAGCCGCUUCCCCGCUGGCUUUUGCAGGAUGUCUGGAAGGACAAGAAACUCUUCUACGCGAUCAGAGAUAUCAGUGUCGGCGGUCAGUGUGUCUGCAACGGACACGCCGAAAAUUGCAGGCAUAAUGUCGCUUCAGGGGACCAUACGACCGGCAUAAACUGCGACAAGUGUGAACCGGGCUUCUUCCGUCCCGAGGGCACCCUUCCGGAUGCGGCGCAGCCCUGCAUCAGGUGCAACUGUGGCCCUGCGGACUCCUGCAUCCAGUACGGCCCUGAAGCGGGAACGUGCCGCUGUCGACUCGGUUUCAUCGGCGACAGAUGCGAUUCGUGUGCGCCCGGCUUUAGAGGGUAUCCGGAUUGCGAGCCUUGUCCUUGUGACGCGAGGGGGGUGGCAGGCCUGGAAGAUUGCGAGGGAGAGUGCCUAUGCAAGACAAACGUGGAGGGAAAAUACUGCGAUAGAUGUAAGCCAGGUCAUUUUGGACUGCGGAACGAUGUGCCAGAAGGUUGCUUGUCCUGUUUCUGUUCUGGAGUCACGACGUUAUGUGAACCAGCUGCAUUCAUUCCACGAAAGAUCCAAUCCCUGAAAGAGUGGCAGAUUACAGACCUGAAAGUAUCCAAAGUAGUCAAACCGAACUGGAACGGCCAAAGCGUAUUUUCUCUGGGAAACUACGACUUUCCAGGUAUAACGUCCCUCUACUGGUUCGCACCUCAAGAUUAUUUGGGCAACAAACUCGAGGCUUACAACUCCAACUUCUUGAUCAAAGUUCAGUGGGUGGUGAUGAGGGGGGAUACCAGCGGGGUACCGACGAGGGGACCGAAUAUAGUGAUUGGGGGCACUAACGGACUAAAAAUUGCACACGGAGACGACAGCCACACCUCCUCCAAUACAGAUUUCCAUAUCAAAUUGAGCGAACCGGAUUGGUUUCACAUACCUGAGGAUAUUAAAGAUAUCACUGAAAUCGAUCCCAGUGUCUAUCACGGUGGAAAAGUCAGUAGAAGCGAGUUUCUCAGCGUGUUAGCCGACGUCAAGUAUAUUCUGCUCCGCUCGACGUUCCACACCGAUCAAAUCGAAGCACUGCUAGAGGAAGCGACACUAAAUCUGGGUGAAGAGGAGGAUAUUUACAGCAGUGUGGAAAAAUGUUCUUGUCCUUCAGGAUACACCGGUCUUUCCUGCGAAUCCUGCUCCUUCGGCUACGUUAGAAUCUACACCAACACAUCCCUCACCUCCACAACGCUUCCCACCGAUGCCUUCUGCGCCAAAUGCGACUGCAACGGCCAUUCUCCCACCUGUAACGCCACCACUGGGGAGUGCUUUUGCGAGCACAAUACCCUAGGAAGGAAAUGCGAGCGUUGCUCCCCUGGAUUCUACGGCAACCCCACCAGGGGAACCCCCGAAGACUGUAAGAAAUGCGCUUGUCCGUUGUUGAACGAUGAGAACAAUUUCAGCCCUAGUUGUCAACUGGAUUAUUUCACCGAGGAGUUGGACGCCGAAGGGACCUACGUAUGUACGCAGUGUCCUAAGGGGUAUACUGGGGAUCAUUGCGAAAUAUGUGACGAUGGUUUCUAUGGAAAUCCUAUGGAAAUCGGCAAUAACUGCCAACUCUGUGACUGCAAUGGUGGACCAUGUGAUAGAACAACGGGCCAGUGUUUGAGUUGCAAAGGAAAUACUGAGGGUUGGAAAUGUGAGAAAUGUAAACCCGAACACUACGGAGAGCCUUCCCUCUCUAACUGUAAGGCUUGUGAAUGCGACCCUAUUGGUUCAAUCACGAAACAGUGUGAUAAUAAUACUGGACAGUGUCACUGCAAAGACAAAUUCACGGGAAGAACCUGCGACAAAUGUGAGAUUGGUUAUGGAAACGUCACUGCCUUGUGUACACCGUGCAGCUGUAAUUCAAUGGGAUCCAAAUCGGAAGUAUGUGAUACCCACACUGGAACUUGCGAUUGUCAACCAGGAGUCGAGGGUUUCCAUUGCGAUGCAUGUCAAAAUUUGUACUACGGCUUCUCAGAAGCAGGUUGCCAACCAUGCACGUGUGAUCCUGAUGGCUCAAAAUUUCCCAUGUGCGAUGUCAAAACUGGCGAAUGUGUAUGCAGUCCUCACUACACUGGGAAAAGUUGUGCUGUCUGUGAGAACGGAUACUGGAAGCAAUCCAAAACAUGUGUCGAAUGUAAGUGUAACGAACACGGUUCCUUGGGGGAUACCUACUGUGAUAAAGAAACUGGACAGUGCCAGUGUAAAACAGGAGUAAUGGGAAAUUUGUGUGAUCUCUGCCUACCAGGCCAUUAUGGAAACGUGAAGAUUGGCUGUAAAAAAUGUGAUCCUUGUGACAAAAAAGGCCACAUAUGCGAUCCAACGAAUGGAAAAUGUGUCUGUCCACCUCUGACUACUGGAAGUCUAUGUGAACGUUGUUCACCAAAUGCUUGGGGUUACGAACCGGCCAUUGGAUGUAAGGCUUGUGCAUGUUCAGCAACCGGUAGUUCUGAUCUUCAAUGUGACUUAACAAAAGGAACGUGCUCUUGCCAAGAUGGCUUCGAAGGUGAAAAAUGCGACAGAUGUAGCUACGGCUACUACGGCUAUCCAAACUGCAGAAAGUGCGGAUGUGACCCUACAGGAACUGAAGAAGGACAGUGCCAAAAUGGCCUUUGCAGGUGCGCUGAUGACGGGACUUGCUUGUGUAAGCAAAACGUCCAAGGAAAGAACUGCAACACCUGCAAAGAAAACAAGUACGGCCUGAGGAAAGGUAAUCCACAAGGAUGCACUGAAUGUUUUUGUUUCGGCAGAAGCAAUCAAUGCGAGGACGCUCUUUAUCAUUGGAGCAAAACCACCAGGCUGGAGAGGAAUAUAGAAGAGAGCAACCAAGUUGCCGAAGACGAGCUGAUGUUGCCAACGACCUUCAUGGGAGAUAUUACCUCAUCUUAUGGAGGUUAUCUGGUUGUAGAGGUACCAGGUGGCUAUUUUGAUGUCUUCUUGGAAGGAAACUCUGUAGAACUACAUUCUGAAAGCAACAACAAUGAACUCCAACUGGUCGAGUCGGAAAAUUGGCGGGUGGUUUCAAGAAAUACAGACUUUCCCAGUAGCUGCGUUCAUCGCCUUACCAGAGCUUGCUUCAUGGUGGUUCUGCAGAAAGUAACGGCUUUCGUGGUCAAGUCCAACAACAGGAUCAAAGAAGUUCUGUUGGACAAGGCUAAGAAUGAAGAGUCCACCUAUCCUAUUACUCACUCAAUAGAAAAAUGUCAGUGUCCUGAGGAGUACACAGGACUUUCUUGCCAGGAUCCCAACGAAGGCUUCUACAGGUAUUACCCAAGAGACCAGCAGAGCUCCUGGGUUGACGUUGUGGUGGGAAUUGCGAAAGAGUGCGACUGUGAAGGGCACUCAAGUGAGUGUGACGCUGAGACUGGGUUUUGUGAGAACUGCGAUGAACAUACUAGUGGCAACCAUUGUGAGACAUGUAUUGAAGGCUUCUACAUGGAUAAAUAUAGAAACUGUGCUCCAUGUUUAUGUCCUUCUGCUGACCAAAACAAUGCUAAGAGUUGUUUCCCCAAAGGAGACCAUUUCAAAUGUGAAUGUAAAGAAGGUUACACAGGAAACUUCUGCGAGGAAUGUGACGAGAGAUUCUACAGGAAACCAAACUCUACAUCUUGUGAGCCAUGUAACUGCAACCGCUUCGGAAUUGUGCCAGGCGAUCCAGGAAACUGCAACCAAUUUGGAAGAUGUACCUGUGGUCAGGGAUUCACAGGUGCAAAAUGCGACCAGUGCAUCGAGAAACGAAAAUACAUUAAAAACGGAAUUUGUGAAACUUGUGAUGAAUGCACAAUGAAGCUCUUUGACGUAAUAGACCUGCUGAAACACGACAUUGAAGGCCUAUUUGAGAUAUUCAAAAACGGUAUCGGUCCUCCCUGGAAAAAACUAACGGAAAACGUUGAGAAGUUGAAGAAAUUUUCAGCAAGGUACUAUCAGAAAAAAGAAAAACUUGAUUUACUCACAGAAAAUGCUGAUAAAGAAGACAACGAAGCUAAGGUAACGAAAAUUAAGGAAAAACUGAGCAAGAACAGUAUCCUUGCUGAAGAAAAUCUUGGCAAAACUGACAAAAUCUACGAGAAAUCUGGUAGAUUACUUGAAGAGUCUAUGGAACUCAGUGGAAAACUCAUAACCCUCAUUCAGAGCCUUGAGAGCUUUGGUACAAAACAUGUAAAUUUGAAGGAGGCCUUGAAAAGGGCUCGUUAUACACUCAAAGAAAUUGAGGGAGUUUCAAAACAGUUCACGACCUACCAAGAUGAAGCUCUUUCGUUUUGCGCCAAGGUCAGCAAAACAGUUGACAAUUUAUAUAAACUACCUCCAGAAUUACCAGAAAAGCAGCUGGUGGACUUGAAAGGAAGGAUACAAGAUCUCAUUGAUAUUGGUACCCACGUGGAGAACAUCUCCAAGAUAGCAGAUAUAAAAAAUCUGGAGAACUCGAAGGGAUUGGAGAAGGUGAAAGAAAAAGUAGAGAUUCUGAAGAGUAAAAACAAAAAUAUAGAGAUUGCUUUGGGAAAUAUCAUGAAGAAUAAUGUUGCGAUUGGAGAAGCAAAGGACAAUCUCCACAUAGUCUAUGGAGAGUUGGGAAAAAUCCAAGAUUUCGUCGAGUUCAAGGAAAUUGAAGACAGGGUGAAGAAGCAGAUGAAAGAUAUUCCAGAAAUUGGUUUGCUCCACUCCAGGGCCAUAGAACAUGUUCAGAGGUUGGAUGAGAAAAUCAAUAAAUAUAACAGCUUAUUCAACUUCACCAAAGAUGAAUGGAAAAAAAUCAAUGCUAGUGGAGCAUAUGAAGCCAUUGUCAGUGGCGUCCAGGAAGCUGAAGCAUCAGUGAAAGUCUCAAGAGAUAUUCUGAGUGAUGCCAUUGGUCUCAUCGAACCUGAAAAAAUGGACAGUUUAGGUGUUAGAACGAAUUUGGCUCACGCUUAUUCCGAUAGGCUCAAACAGAGGAUAAACAACCUGAAAAACAUAUCAAAAAACUUUGGAGAGAUCCAGAACAAACUGGUCAAACUGAAGUAUGGUAUACUGGAAAACGGCAAGUCAAACAACGAUCUGACUCAAAUCCUCCACAAAAUCAACAAUGAAAUCACGUCCCAGUCAGAAAGAGUGGCAAGUCUUGAGGAAGCCAUGAAAAAUGCCACCGUAGUCUCUGAAGACAUGCGAAACAUUGAGAAACAGCUUGACGACAUGAGUUUUGACAAACAGUUCGUUCUGACCAAGAAGUAUCAGAAAUAUUCUGAAUUGACAGCACCAGAAGGUAAAGGGUUCUCUCAAGCUUGA